AUGUUGAAUGCACUUACGAAUAGUAGUUAUAAAACAUCAAAUGCUGCCAUUGGAACUACAUUCGAAACUGUAAAGCUAUCUUUGUAUGAACGAAAUCAUAUUUCCUAUGAAUUUUUUGACACUGCUGGUCUUAAUGAGGCUACAAAUGGCUUAGUUGACCCAGCCGCCGCCUGUGACAAUAUCUUGAAGCUGAUUGAAGAAUGUACAGAAGGCUUUAAUCUACUUAUCUUAGUUGUUCGAAUUGGCGCUAUCUUAGAAUCAGAUAAAACGAACUAUGAAAUGUUUGCCUCUAAUUUGACAAAUAAAAAAAUACCAGUAUUGUGCGUUAUAACUGGAUGUGAAAAUGUAGAACCUGCAAUGAUGGAUUACGUUAAAGAUAACAGUAAACAUUUUUCAGAUAGAGAAAUGAUCUUCAAUCAAAUUCUGGCAACAUGUUUUGCACAAGGCGGACGACUAGAAGAAUAUUAUCGUCCAUUAAGAGAAAAUUCUUCGAAUGAAGUCUGGACAGCAAUCGAAAAAGCAGCGAGCUGUCAAUCAAUCAUUACUCUGACAAAGGAAACUGGCUCAAUUAAGAAAACCUAUAUUAAAAUGUGGAAUGCCUUUUGCCGUUUUGUAAAACGUUCAUCAUGGCAAAUAGAACUUCCAUAUUGUCAGAACAUCUACGAAAUGCUUGAUCGAAUGGGUAUUAAAGACGAAACAAAGAAAAAGAAUAUCUCAACAAGAUUUAUGCAAGUAAUGAAUUGA